AUGUGUUUCCAUCACAGUUUCUCUUCCACUCUUCAUGUUUCUUUUCUUGUUUUUACUGUCUUAGAACACUUUAUUAAAUUUUUCCUUAAAUUCUUCUUUUCCAACACUCAUAUUUCAGCUCUUCUUUCUGCUUCACAUUCUCUCCAUCCAUUGGCUGAAUUCACUUUCCCACUCUUCUGUUCAUAUCUAUCUAUCUAUCUAUCUAUCUAUCUAUCUAUCUAUCUAUCACAGUCUGUUUAUUUCUGUCCAUUUAUCUAUUUAUUUAUCUGUCUGUUUAUAUCUACCUAUCUAUUUAAGUCUGUUUAUAUCUAUCUACCAAUUGUCUGUUUUUAUCUCUCUAUCCAUUUCUAUUUUUAUCUACCUAUUUAUCUAUCUAUCUCUAUCUGUUUCUAUCUACCUAUCUAUCUCAGUCUGUUUACAUCUAUCUCAGUCUAUUUCUAUCUCUCCAUCUAUCUCAUAUCUAUCUAUCUAUCUAUCUAUCUAUCUAUCUAUCUAUCUCAGUCUGUUUAUAUCUAUCUAUCUCAGUCUGUUUAUAUCUAUCAGUUCCUAUCUAUUAAUCUAUCUAUCUGUACUGUAUCCCUUAAGAGUUACCUCUCUACUGCUUCAGCAACACUUUCUCCCACAUGA